GGUGUUCACCACUUUCUGAAGAGUAUAAAACUACAGCACUUUCCCCACAGCAGUACAUCUAAUCACUGAAUCACAAGAGAUUCCUCAUCAAGACCUGCAUCAAGAACUAUCUGCAGAACCUGAAGAAGAGCCAUUAUGGGUAGCGUGACUCAAAUGUCAUUGCUUUUUGUUCUCUUCUUGGCUUCGUCAGCUGAUCUGGUGAUUAAACCUGUAUCAGAGACUGAUUUCAGCACAUUAGUUAAAGAACAAACUGAAAUGAGACCUGAAAUGCCUACUGAGCAGUGUGGGCCCAGCUGUCCGUUCGGCUGGGUGAAGUUUGAUGGACGUUGCUUCAACUACUUUUCUCAAGCUGUGGACUGGGCCACUGCUGAGGCUCAUUGUUUGAAUCAGGGCGCUAACCUGGUCUCGAUACACAAUGAAAACGAAAAUCAACUGGUGAAGGCUCUCAUCCGUGUUCACGACCCCAAGGAGAAUCCCACAUGGCUCGGUCUCAACAACUGUCAGAAGAGGGAUAGCUGGUUCUGGUCUGAUGGGACCAAAUACGACUACAGCAAGUGGAAUAAAGAUGAACCCAAUCAUUUGAAUGACGAGUGCUGUGUGCACUUGAACUGGGGUGAUGAAAAGAACUGGAAUGAUAUUCCAUGUAAUCAACCGUAUCCCUAUGUCUGUGUCAAGAGGCCGGCGUGAAACUCUGAAUGCCAAGAAAAAUAUUGUUAAAAUGUCAGACGCUGUUAAUAAAGAAAAAAACAGAUCAGACAUCGGACGCAGACAUGCAGAGAUGCAUCACAGAUACUGUCCAAAAUAAAGCCUUUUGAAAUAAAAA